UUUAGGAUCCUCCAUGGGCAGAUUUUUGGAAUUUAUUGGUGGAUUAUAACCAACACACCAGGGAGCAGAAGCCUCAAAUUCACGUGAAAAUGUUUGGUGUUCAUAGGUUAGGAUUAUAAGUGCACGUUCUAGUUUUGCUAUAUUUAUAAAAUGUAAUUUUGCAUUUCUUUCUUUAUUAUAUAAUUUUGUAUCUAUUAUGGCGACGAAACAUACAAAAUCUGCAGAAAAGAACGGCUUCGCCAAAAGUGGAAGUCUAGAUUCUGUCUGGGUCAGAGCAUUUACUUCACAUUCGGAAUGGCCCGACAAGGAAGAGUUCCUGGAUGUUAUCUAUUGGGCUAGACAGGUGCUGGGGAUCGUUGUGGGUAUACUAUGGGGAUUAAUUCCGUUGAAAGGUUUCAUAGCCCUUCUCUUGUUUGUAGCUGUCAAUGCAGGUAUAAUUUAUGUGUACUUCGCCAAUUUUCAAUGUGUGGAUGAAGAGGACUUUGGUGGAGCUUGGGAGCUUACCAAAGAAGGUUUCAUGACAUCAUUUGCAGGGUUUUUGGUAACAUGGAUCAUUAUAUACUCAGGCCUCCACUUCGACUGACAGUAGUGUUGGGGUGGGACUCAAGCAGCUAACCACCUCACUCACAGGACCUUCAGUACCUUAGCAUUUAAUGUCAAGGACUUAAAAAAUUUUCUACCUGUUAUCCAGAGCAAUUGGUGUCUUUUGUUUAUUGUUUAUUUAUUUUAUCGAAUUUUAUAGCAAUACGUGUAUUGUACAAUAGCUUACAAAGUGUUCAUAUACUCAAUUACAUGGAGUUUUACUUCUUUUGGCAUAUGUUUCCAAGUGCUACAUAUUAUUACUUUUUGAUUGCAGUUGUCUGUCAAAAACGUUUGUUAAAUUAAAAUGAAGUAUUUGAG